CCAUCAGGCAGGGAAAGGCCAGCCCCUUGGUGAGGUUAAGGUCCCUGUCAGGAAGGGGUGGUGGUGUUGAUGUCAGCAUGGAUGGAGCGCAGUCGAGAAUCAGCCUUCUGAAUCUUCUAUCGGUAUGACAGCUGAUCCCACCGAGGGUGACAACUGAUGAACAGCGUGUGAGUGCACUAACAAGAAGGAAAGAGAAACCUAUUAUUCGACUGUAGAAGAGACAAGCGAACACCCUGAAUAAUGACAGAGAUUUUUAAGGACGUGAAAUUGCUCAGUUGGGAAAACUGACGCCCAAACAUCAACAAGGUAGCGAAAGUUCUAGCCUAAACGGCAGAACCUCGUCGAAGACCUUUCCUGUUGCAAACACAGGUGAUGAGUGAAGAUGGAGGCUGGUUCGGUGGCGCGUGCGGUCUUUGAGUUCCUUCCCAGCGUUUCGGAGGAGCUCCCUCUCUUCGUGGGCGACGUCAUCGAGGUUCUCAGCGUGGUCGACGAGUUUUGGCUGCUUGGCAAAAAAGACGGAGUCACAGGCCAGUUCCCCAGCACUUUCGUUGAGGCCGUGACCAUCCCCAGCUCCAAGCCUGGAGAUGAGCUUCUCGUGUGUAUCAAUGACUUCAGCUCCGCGGAGCCCGGCAACCUGAAGCUGAAGAGAGGUGAUGUGGUGGUGGUAGAGGGCCGUCUGAAUGCGGCCUGGCAGCGUGGUCGUGACGCCUGGGGUGCCCGCGGCCUCUUCCCCUGCUCCUGUAUGAAGGAGCUCCACCUGUCCGGCCUUUCCCGCCGCCUGCAGGAGGCGCAGGCCGCCCAGGCCACCGAGCUGCCCCCCAACGCCCUGGGCAUGGCCCGCGCCCUCAUGAGCCUCCACGCCCAGCUGGACGAGGAGCUGGACUUCCGCGAGGGUGACCUCAUCACCAUCGUGGGCCUCCCCGAGCCGGGCUGGUUCCUGGGCGAGCUGGACGGGCGUUCCGGAACUUUCCCCGAAGGCUUCGUAGAACUGUUGGCCCCGCUUCGCACGCUAGAGGACCCGCACGACGUGAUGCAAGGCGGCGACGGAGGACAGAGGUAUGAUUACUAUCAGAGCACUCAGGCGCAUCGAGACGAAGAUGAGGACGAGGACGAUGAGGAGGAAGAUGUGGAGAUCGUGAUGCAGGGAGAGAGGGAACAGGAGCAGGAAGACGAGGGAAGAGAUGAGCAGCAGGAGGUGGAGGAAGAAGAGGAUGGUGUGUACGGCGUGGCGCUUUAUGAUUUCCGGGCGUUAGAGCCUGGGGAACUGGACUUUGACGUGGGCGACCGCAUACAGGUGGUGAACACGUUAGACGAUGGGUGGCUUGAGGGGGUCCUCCACGGCCAGAGGGGCAUCUUCCCCCAUCGCUUCAUCAAGAUGGAGGACGACGGCCGGGCCUCACUGCACCCCGAAACCACUAGCGACAUUACCCCAAUGACACAGAUAGAGGUUGUGGAUGAGUAUGUAUCGGAGUACGGGUCUGAUCAGCAGGUCCAGAAUGCAUUGCAGCAGGACAGUGAGGCUUGGGAGCCCCAGGAGGACCACACUGUGUGGGACCUGGACUACUUUGAGCGUCGGGAGGAGGAGACUGGCAAGUGGAUGGAGGACUCCACCUGUGCCACCACCAACACCUCCUCCUCCCCAACCUCCUCCACCUCCACCACCACCUCUGCUAGGGAGAGAGCUGGGACUCAGACCACUACAACUGCCCACCAGACGCAAGCAGGGGAGAAACCUGCCAGAACGCGGCCCCCACCCCCAGCACUGGGGCCCAACAGAGGGGGCCACAGGGAGGUUCAGCGGACCAGCUCUGGAAGUCCCACGCCAUCCAGACCCCAGCUGCCACCCAGGCCCAGCCAGCAAGCCCUGAGGCAGAACAGCCUCAACCACUCCGCUGCACCUGGCUUGCACCCUGCGCCCGGCUCCAGGACCUCCCGCCUGGGUGGACUCCCCGGUCGAGCCCUCUCUUCCUUGACGGGGCAUCACAACCACCACCACCACCACGCGGCCCCUGGAACCAAGCACCACAGCAAGAGCCCUUUCUCCAGAGGCUCCUUCGCCUUCAGCUCGAGUGGACACCUGCGGGGAAAGCCCAAGAAGCUCGGCCGCCACGCCAGCGCGAGCGAAGCCGACAGAGGGAGUCAUGGUGAUCACUGGAACGCGUGGCCCAGGUCCCAACCACAGUAUGAGUCCCAGCCCCAGUAUCAGACCCAGUCGCAGGGUCGUAGCUCCAAUGGCCUCCUCCCCAGCUCACGGACACUUGACUUGCUGACUUCUUCUCCGGGUCAACUGGAGACCAAGUUGUCCCAGCAGCUGCUGGAGUUUGACAGUAUCCUGCCUGGUCACACUGGAAGUAGUGGAGGAGGAAGCGGAGGAGGAGUUGGGGGCGAGGAGGACUUAGGAGACCCCUGGGCCUCGCAGGUGUCGCGCCACUUCUCCAUCAUGGACUUCAGUUCAGAGAACGACAUUCUCAGAGGCUCAUCCCAUUCCCCUUUAGACCGCCUCCUGUUGCCGCAUGGCCCCUCCUCUUCCUCCUCGUCCCCUUCCGGCUCCGCCUACUCCUCCCUGGAGCGGCGUAUGACACUCCGCCCGCCUCCCCCCCGCCCCCGACUCCAGCGACCCCCGGCCCCUCCUCCCAUCUCCAACGGCCGUCUGGCUCCGCCCCCUCUGCGGCCGGCUCGUCCCGCCCCCAGACCCCCACCUUCCGCCCCGGGGACCCGUCCUCCCGCUCCCCCUCCCAACCUCUUCUUCACCCCGGAGGAAGACGAGCACCGGCCCGAGGACGGCGUUCCCCCGGAGGAGGAGGAGGCGCUGUCGGCGGACGACGCGGAGGCGCGGGAGGAGGAAGAGGAGGCCCUGGAGAUGGUGCGCAAGCUGGAGCAGGAGCACGAGGAGAGGGAGCGCGAGCAGGAGCAGUACCAGCUCCUGCUGAGGCUGCAGGAGGUGGAGCACGACAUCGAGGCGUACACUCACACGGCCCAGGAGCUGAGCGCCAUGCUGGAGGAGGAGGAGGACGCGGCAGCGCGCAUGCAGGCCCUGGAGAACCUGGAGUUCUGCAAUUACACGGUGGAGACGCUCACCCUCGAGCAGCAGCAGCUGCAGCUGCAAGAGAUGACUCUGUUGUCCACCCAGCCCAAGUCCCUGGACUCCGCUCCGGUCUCAGCAGCCACCACCAGCGAAGACCCUGAGCAAAGGAUGCUGGAGAAGAGGUCAAAGGUCAUCGAGGAGCUCCUGCAGACAGAGAAGGACUAUAUCAAGGACCUGCAGAUGUGCGUGAAGGAGAUCAUCCAGCCUCUCAAACAGAAGCAGGUGCCGAAUGUGGACCAUGACGGUCUGUUUGGGAACAUCGGCUCUGUGAUUGAUCUCUCCUGUCGCCUGUACAAAUCCCUUGUAGACACAGACUCCAUUGGGAAAGUGUUUCUGGACUUCAAGGUAGAACUGGAGGAGGUCUACAAGAUCUACUGCCAAAACCAUGAUGACGCUAUCUCUCUGCUGGAGAGCUACGAGAAGGACGAGAUCAUUCAUAAACACGUGCUGGAGUGUCUGGAGAAGCUUAGAGCGGUGUAUCGCGAGUGGGGAAAGACAAACUACAUAAACCUGGGUUCGUUCCUCAUCAAGCCGGUCCAGAGGGUGAUGCGCUACCCUCUGUUGCUGAUGGAGUUGCUCAACGCCACACCAGAGUCGCACCACGACCGCGAGGAGCUCGUUGACGCUGUGCAGUCCAUCAAGGAGAUCAAUGUCAACAUCAAUGAGUACAAGAGGAGGAAGGACCUUGUGGUAAAGUACCGCAAGGUAGACGAGGACACUCUCAUCGACAAGAUCUCCAAGCUGAGCAUGCACUCAAUCAUAAAGAAGUCCAACCGCGUGAGCAGCCACCUCAAACACCUCACUGGAAUCUCCCCACAGGUCAAAGAUGAAGCAUUCGAUGACGCAGAGAAGCGUUUUAGGUUACAAGAGCGGCUGAUCAAAUCGUUCAUUCGGGACAUCUCCCUCUACCUGCAGCACAUCAGGGAGUCGGCCUCCGUGAAGGUGCUGGCUGCCAUCAGCUUCUGUGACGUCUACACAGACCGCACACACCCAGACCCGGAGCGCUUCCAGAGAGCUCACCGCUGCAUCAGUGAUAAGCAGUUCACGGAUUUUAAAGAGCGUACAGAGACGCUGGUCAUCAAGCCGCUCAACCAGCUGCUCUCCAUGUUCGCCGGGCCGCACAAGCUCAUCCAGAAGCGCUUCGACAAGCUGCUGGACUACGACAACUGCAAGGAGCGCUCGGAGCGGCUGCGCGAGCGGCGCGCACAGGAGGAGCUGCAGGCGGCGCGCAACAACUACGAGGCGCUCAACGCGCAGCUGCUGGACGAGCUGCCCAAGUUCCACCACGCCGCCGAGGAGCUGUUCACGGGCUGCGUGCGCGCCUUCGCCCAGGCCCAGCGCGACUUCAUGCAGUUCACGCUCGGAGAGCUGCAGCCACUGCUACAGCUCUCGGGCAUCUGUGGGACAGAAGGGAACCUGAUAUCGAUGUUCCAAGAGGAACAUAGCAAGGUGCUGCAGCUCCUGCAGAACUUCAGCUUCUUCCCCGAGAACCUGCCCCUAGCACGCAAGCCCUUCGAGAAGAAGACCCUUGAAAAGCAGACCUCCAAGAAGCAGCUGCAAGGACCACCUAACUAUGUGCUGCAGACGGAUGAGCACAGAGCUGGCCUGCUAGCGCGCUACGGCCCCGAGAAGCUCUUUCAGGCCGAGCGCAACUUUAACGCAGCGCAGGACCUGGAUGUGUCCGUGCUGGAGGGAGACAUUGUGGGCGUGAUCAAACAGCAGGACCCAAUGGGAAGCCAGAAUCGCUGGCUCAUCGACAAUGGGGUCACCAAGGGCUUUGUGUACAGCUCCUUCCUGAAGCCUUACAACCCACGCAGGAGCCAGUCGGAUGUCUCCAUUGAGAGCCAGUCGUCCAAUGAGUCAGGCUAUGGCGGCUCCUCCCCUGUCUUCUCCCGGCAGAACAGCAACAGCACGCUGACCUUCAACCAGGAGACCGCCGCAGUCAGCUUCUCCACAGCCGCGCCGCCUCCUAGCCACUCACACCCCCGCCCCACACAGGACUCUGCCCCCUCUCACCACAACCCCUCCCCCAACUGCCAGUCCACCAAUCAGAGAGACCCUUCGGACUCCUCCCACAGGAGUUCAGCCAAUCACAGAGAACUGUCCAGUGACACGUGCUAUCGAAACACAGCCAAUCACAGAGACUCCUCCUCCGACUCCUCGUCUUACAGGAUUCCCACAGGACACAGGGACUCGUUUGACUCCACUCCGACCAAUCACAGAGAGUUCUCGGACUCCUCCGAGACGGACUCUUGCUCGUCCAGUAGGAACUCGUCGUUGCUGGAGACAUCACAGAGGUACGGCCAAUCACACGCUGCCUUCAGCUCACACCAGAGACGGAACAGGGAUGCCGGGGCGGCCCCGAGGCGUUCUCAGUACCCCCCGGAGGAGUACAGCGAGCCAGAGGCAGAGGGAGAACCGGAGCUGGAUGGGCACCAGAUCUACUACGCCCUCUACCCCUUCAGUGCCCGCUGUGCCAACGAGCUGAGCAUCUCGGCCAACCAGCGCGUCCGCAUUCUGGAGUUCCACGACAUGACGGGCAAUCACGAGUGGUGGCUCGGCGAAGCCGGGGGUAACCGUGGCUACGUGCCCUCCAACUACAUCCGCAAGUCCGAGUACACCUGAACCCUUCCCCACCCCACCCCCCAAACGCACUCAGACCCAAACAUGCUCUCCUCUCAUCUCAUGGAGGUGUGACACAAACUCACACUCCUCUCCUCCUCCUAGUCCUCGGAACCCUCCCCCCAGACUGAUAUAAGGGUGGUGGGAUUGGUUCCCUGUAAGGAGAACACUUUGAGAGGUUAGCAAAAGGAGGCCACUCUCUCCCCUGCAGAAACACGAACCCCAAAGGAGUGAUGGUGUAACGUGGUGGUGCCUUAUUUUUUAUCAUAAUUUUUUCCCCUCUUGUUUGAAAUCAUGGACAACUCGAAUAUGCUGGAGUGGAUGCUGAAAAGAGAAGGAAAAAGGGAGACAGUCUUGGGAGAAAUUUCUGGUGGACUUUUUUUUUAUAUAAGAAGAGCUGCUGAUCCAUUUUGCGUGCAGAGAGAGGAUUCCGUGAGAAUACUUAAAGACCCUUCUUUCCCUUCGAUCCUUGUCUUACUCUUUCAUCUCUUCCCACUCUCUCUGUAUCCCUCUCUAAUACCCCACAAUGUUGGGUGAGGUAGAGAAGGACUAUGUUGACGGCGACGAAGAUCCCCUACCCAUCCAUUAGAGGCGUCUUUUGGGCACACUACACAUUCUACAGGAUGGACUUUGUAUUAGACUGUUUGACAGGAUGUCUUGGUUGCAGACUUGUAACCUUGCUAUUACUGCUAGCCUGUGGAAGAUGACGAUGAACUUUGAAGCCAGACUCUUGAGUGGUUGAGUGGCAUGAUAGAGUAACUCCCUACGAUACACUGCUGAGAGGAUGGAGUAUUGGAUGUCAAAAAGUGUCUUUGUGUGUGUGUGUGUGUGUGUGUGUGUGUGUGUGUGUGUGUGUGUGCAUGGGUGUGUGUGUGUGUGCAUGGGUGUGUGUGUGUGUGUGUGUGUUUGAGGAAUGAAGGUCAAAAGAAUGGAUUGAGUUUGAUGUGGAGAGAAUAUCUAUGGUCACCACAACUGGACUCCCUUCCAGCCUUGCUCUUAGACAAUCUCACACUCCCGAGUGAAGACGGAGCCCUCUCUGAUUCUUCCAGAAGUUUCACCAGCUGGUGACAACACCCCCCCCCCACCCACCCAUCCACCCCGGCUAGAAACUCAGCUGCCUUACAUGGGUGGUUGGAUGGAUGGAUGUGUAUGAAAUCAGCAGUGGACGUUCAGUAUUUUUUUUAUUUUGAACAUGUGAAAGCAUAAGCAUAUACAAUCUGGUUGAUUAUCCCUGUGGGAAUGUUUGUGUAAGGAAGAUGUCUCAGGUCUUCAUCUUGGAACAAAUAAAAAAGUAAUAAAAAAAAAAA